AUGGCAGACGACUUCUACAUCUUCGCCAACUGCAACUUUGUGCCCGACCGGUACGACGACUGGCAAGCCGCAUACGACAAACUGGCCGAGUAUGUCUGGGCCUCCGAACCCGCGACCAAGACAUACUACUUCGGCAUCCCGCUCGACUACGCACACGACAUCUCCAAAACAACAAGCAUGCUCGCAUUCGAAGUGUACGCGUCGCGCGAUGACCUCUACGGCCCCAACGGGCACCUCUCCUCCCCCGCGAUGGCAACCUUCCUCGCCGCCAUCCCCGCCGUCUCAACAACCGGCCUCGACAUCUCGCACUACGCGCUCGUCUCGGGAUUCCACGACGCCUCGCAGCUCGCCCGCCCCGCCGGCAUCAUGCAGGAUGUCCGCGUAACCUGCGUGUCCGCCUCCGCACGCGACACCCUGCUGUCCUCCCUCGCCACCCUCGUUUCCUGGGCCGAGGGCACGCAAGGCACGCUGUCGUACAUGGCGUUUAAGAGUCUGGAUGAUGAGGUCGGGGUGAGGAUUUUUGGGCGGUGGAGGGAGAGGAGGGAUAUGGAGGCGUUUAUGAGGAGCGGGGAGGUGGUGGGGUUUUGGAUGGAGGGGAAGGAGGGGAUCAAGGGGAUGGAGCAGAGGGGGUAUGUGGAGAACGGGAAGGGGUGGUUGCAUAGGGGGGUUGGGAGUGGGUUUGCUGGGGAGAGGAAGGGGGAGGAGAGGAGGGUGGAGGCGAGGAUUUGA